AUGGCGGCAUCGGACCUGGACGGUCUGGACGAGUCGGACGGGUCGCAAAGGUCGAACAAGAUCAUCAAAUCGGCGUUUGACAGCGACAGCUUUGACUCUGAUGGAAUCAUUCACGCCGGGGGGUUGAAGGGCUCGGCGACGAUCUCGCCCUGUGGACGAGACGUGGCCGUAGCAUCGCCCGAAGGCCUCGCGAUCAUCGACCUCGACAAUCCGUACAGCGCGCCACGGAUGCUCAAGAGUCACGGGAUGCCAUGGCUGGUGGUGGACGUGCAGUGGUCACCGUUUGCGGCACGGGACUACUGGGUGGCAUCGACGGCAAAUCAUCGGUGCCUGGUGUGGAACCUCAACCGGGCAGACGACUCGAGUGCGGGCUCGGUAGAGCACUCGCUAACCGGCCACCGGCGGUCGAUCACGGACGUCAACUUCUCGGCACACCACCCGGACAUGUUGGCGACCUGCUCGGUGGACGGGUAUGUGCACUGCUGGGAUCUGCGGCGGGCUAACACGCCGGCACUGACCUUUAUCGACUGGGCGGCGGGGGCGACGCAGGUCAAGUACAACCGGCAGGACGAGCACGUGCUGGCAUCGUCGCACAACCGAUGCGUGCACAUCUGGGACGACCGGAACCCGGCGAUACCGAUGCGGACGAUCGAGGCACACACGUCCAAGAUCUACGGCCUGGACUGGAACCGCACGCGCAGCACGUGUUUAGUGACGUGCUCGCUGGACAAGACGAUCAAGUUCUGGGACUAUGCCAAGCGCGGCCACGCGGCCGUGGGGGGCACGCGGACCAGCCUAUCGACGCUGUCGACGCUGUCGGACCUGGUGGACUUGUCGGCGAGCGGCAGCAUGGGAAGCGGCGGGCCGAUCAACGAUGACGACGUGCCGGAGCGGGUGAUCCGCACGCAUUUUCCGGUGUGGCGCGCCCGACACACGCCCUUUAGCGGUGGCCUGCUGGCAAUGCCGCAGAACGCACCCGGUCACCUGUACCUGUACGAUGCGCGGCCGACGGCGGCCCAGCAGCAGACGGAAGACCCGGCGGCAGCCAACGAACCGGUAGCGGUAUUUGGCGGCCACGGACACCACAAGGUCAAGGAGUUCCUCUGGCGGACGCGCGGCGAAAUCGACAACGACGGGAGUGACAACCGCGAGUACCAGCUAGUGUCGUGGGGCAACGACAGCAAGCUAAGGCUGCGGCGGUUCGACGGGCCUGACCUGGCCACGGUGGGCUUUCAUCGCGGACAGCCGGCGCCGAAGAACCUGAGCAUCACGCGCAAGGGAGCGGCGUACAAGACUUUCCGCGUGCUGGAAGACCUGGGCGAUUACGAAAAGCGGAGCGCGACGAUGAGCAGCGUGCGGCCGUACAGUCGGCGUGAAGCAUCUGCGGCGGUGGCAGCAGCAGUAGCAGCAGCCGCAACGGCGACGACGACGACGGCGACGGUGACGACGAUGGCUGGAGCAGCAUCGUCACCACCGCCACGGGCACUGCUGCCGCGAACAAGUUCGAUGCGUGACGUGCUGGCAUCGCCAGCGGCGACGCCUCGGCGGGGCAAAUACGACAAGCGAGCGUCGUGGCGGAACCCAUCGAUGCGGGCGACAAAGGCGUCCGGACGGCGAGAAAGGGAUCGCAGCAAUGCGCAGCUGGACUGGAUGAAGGGUGUGACGAUGAGUAAGCGACGAUGGGACGACGUGAUGGACGAAGGACACCGGCGACGGGCGUCCAACGAACGGAUGGAGGACUCGACAACGAUGACGGCAAUGUCCGGGAUGUCAGUGAUGUCGGGGCUGACAGGGACGGGAACGGGAACGGCUACAGCAUCGCUGUCGUCGCCGCUGCAGCUAUCAGCACACGGGACGUCGCUGAGCGGUGGAGGCGACUACUACGGAGGCCCAGAGACGAUCCAGGAAGAGAUUGUGCGGAUCACUGACAAGCUGCCACGGGUGACAUGGGAGGAGAUCGACAUGGACAACCUGUCGCUGACGGCGGCAAUGAAGGGACCGUGGGGAGCCGAGGGCCAAAGCGUGUACGUCAAGGUGCGGGUGGUGGUACCGGCGACAUAUCCGCAGACGCGAGCACCCCGUUUCUACGUGGAGAACAGCUCGCUCAUGCCGGCAGCGACACAGGACCGGGUGGCAGCCGAGUUGCACGUGAUUGGGGCGGAGUUUCUCAAGCGGCGACGCAACUGUCUGCUAGCAGCGUUCCGGUAUCUGCUAGGGGCAGCAGACCUAGGAGCGAGCUUGGCAGUGCUGGAACGGCCGACGGUGGCAUCAUGGCUGGCGGGCGAGGGAGCAGGAGGAGGAAGUGGUGGUGGUGGUAUUGGAGGGGGAGAAGGUGGUGGUGGAAGUGGUGAAGUGGGAAUCGGGGCCAAAGGAGACGACAGCAGCAGCAGCAGCAGCAGCAGCGGAAGCGACGGCAGCGAUAGCGAUAUCGACUCGGCCAUGGCAGCAGCAGACGCAGAAGCAGCAGCUGCAGCAGGCAUUGGGCCGGAAAUGCAGCCACAGGGACCACCACCGCCUCCCCGGAGCUGUGGCGCGCGCUUCAGCCGCGACGGACGGCUGGUGUGCUUCUUCCUGACCAAGGCAGGACGGGCGAGCGCGAAGCUUCUGUUUGAGCCACCGCCACCGCCGACAAGCGAAGAGCUGGCCGAACUGGAGAAGCCGGUCUUCAUCGGGUUCGGCCGGGUGCUGACGACGGGAGCCGGCAGCGGACACAGGGGCCGGCGACGGUACAAAAACAACAACAACAGCAAUCACAGUCCCGGUCACAACCAGUCGGGACGAGCACGAUCGCCUUCGCCGUUGUCGCUGUCAUCCUCGCCGUUGUCGUCGCGGUCAGACGGGUCGGACAGCGACUCGGCAUACUCGUCAACCUCCUCGUCGUCCUCGUCAUCCUCGUCCUCGUCGGAGACGGCGGGCAAACACGGCAGCAGCGCCUACCAGCAAUCGGUGCGGAACAUGGUGGACCCGUGGUCGAUGAACAUGGGCUUCCAGCGGCGGAUUGUGCGGCGGGGAGGCGGCGGCCGGGCUGCCCGACGACGGAUGCUGCUGCUGGGUGGCGGUGGCAGCAGCGACGGCGAGGGUGGAGGGGUUGGCGGAGGUGGAAGCGGAAACAACAUUGGUGACGGAGGAAGCGACCUGAUGAUGCGGUCAGGAACACUGGAUGCCGACCUGGAGCUGCCGCAAGGGCCGAAAAGCACGGUAUCGGUGGUGGACAUGCGGUCGUGGCUGCCGUCGAAGCGGGAGCUGGCAAGGGAGUACGCCGUUUUUGGCGAUGGAGCAGAGUCGGACGUGCCGCUGCGGCUGGCGACGAUGCUGGCGGACGGCGGACGACGACAGCGGUCGGUACUGGUGAUUGCACGAGAGGCGACGGCAGCAGCAGCAGCAGCAGCAGUAGCAACAACAGGCCGGAGCAGGACCGGAGAGAAGCAGGCCGGACGAACCGGCGACAGGCUUGCAGGCCGAGUGAAGUGGGGCCUGCAUCCAUUGGCACGUGACUUUGUGGACGACCUCUUUGAGCACUUUGAGCAGCGGGCCGACAUGCAGAUGCUGGCGAUGCUGUCGUGCAUCUUUGGCGAGUCAUUUGAAGAGGACAGCGUGGCGUAUGCGGAAUCGCACAUGUCGCAGCCGGACACGCCGCUGCCGAUGAAGGCGCCGUCGUUCUCGCUGGACUACGUGCCGACGACGCGCGGGUUGGUGCACGGGGCGCCGUCGUGGCAGCUGUUGCCAGCCGGCAGCGGUCACGGGAUCAGCCACACCAGCAGCAGCAGCAACACGGCACCGCCGACGGCCGUGUUCUACGACGGGUCCAUUGACCCGGACGACGGCAGCGGUGGCAGCGGUGGAGGUGGUGGUGGUGGUGGUGGGAUGGGCGAGUACGACGUGGACGACGACGGCUUUGGCGACUACGACGACGUGGACGGCUAUGACGACGACGAUUUCGGCUACGGCGACGACAACACGACCGUGUGGGAGGAUGCAGCAACAGCAGCAGCAUCGGCGACGGUGUUCUCGCACAACAACUCGUACUCGGGCGGCGAGACGCCACCAAAAUGGGGAGACACCAACUCAAACGGACUGUCGUCGUCGCCGCGCUUCAGCCUGGCGGCCAGCCGGUUCUUCCGCCGCGGCAACAACGCGGUUGUGUCGGCUAUUGCAGCCAGCAUUCCACAGACGCUGACGACGCUGUUGUCGUCAUCGCCGCAGGAUCGGGCUGGAAGUGCCGAGGCGAACACAGGCUCGCACACGCACACGCACACGCACACAGCCACGACGAUUCCGACACGGCGGAUGUCGUCGGCCGCCAUGCAGCCACGGCUGUCGCCUCCGGCCGGCCGCCACCCGCUACCCUAUGCAGUGCAGCCGCUGAGUCAUGCUUACAAGCAGCUGCUGCUGCACUCUACGUCGGCCCACCGAGACAUUCCCAUUCCGUCUCCGGCCAAUGGACGGCGGCUGGCAGCGUCGACGUCGACAUCGCCGCGAACCGGUAGUGGCGGAGGGAAGACGGGCAGCAAGCUGCUGUCGUCGUCACCGCUGUCGUCGCAGGAUCAUGCAGGGCCGGCACGCAAGCGGCCGAGUCCGGCCGAGACGAUCUUUGGCAACCUGACGUCGGGCAACCUGACCUGGGCAGCGUCAGCGCUCUUUGGAGGAGGAAGCGGAGGCAGCGGAGAGGGAAGAGGAUGCGUGACGGUCGGGGGGCCGUCGGAUCCAGGCACGGCGGCGACGUCGGUGUCGGACGACGGGCGACGACGCGAGGACACAUUAGCGGCAGCAGCAGCGUCAGCGGCCGUCAAGGGGGCACGAGCGCAGGCCGAGGCAGCCGGCACGACGCUGGUGGCGGUGGACAUUCAUGUGCGGACGUGCAACGACCACCUCUUUGACGACGACGGCUGGAUGGUAGCGUCGCUGCUGGGAAGUCCACGGCGGCGACGGCGGCAGUACGCCGAGUACCGGUACGCAUAUUCGGAGCUGCUGCAGGUAUGGGGAGAGCCGCUGGCCCGGUUGGAGGUGCUCAAGUUCAACGUGUUGCGGGAGGAUGCCAUGAAGGCGGUGGGCCGACCGGCCAUGGCCAGUGGCAGUGGCGGGACGGCAUCGCCGUCGAGCAGCCGACGAUCACGGCUGCAGGCAGUACGGGACUCAGGGCGCGGGCUGGAUGCGGUGGGCGUGUGUCCGCAGUGCGAGAUGCAACUGGAGCCGGCCGAGUACGAGAGCACAGCCACGGGAAGCACAGCCACCGAGAGCACAGCCACAGCCACAGCCACGGCCACGGCCAAGACACACCGACACGCCGCCAAGAACGGCGGUGCGGUGGGUUCCUGCCAGCGAUGCCGAUUGACGCGGGCGCAGCUGCGGUGUGUGUACUGCACGGAGCCGGUGGACGCGUUGUACCUGCCAUGUUUUGGGUGCGGCUGCGCCAGCCACCCGACCUGUCUGCGGGCCUGGUACGCGGCCGGCGAGCGGUUCUGUCCGGCCGGCGACGAGUGCGCGUGCGCGGAGGAGGCGACGAGCGGCCGGGUCGAGAGCUGGACGGCGAUGCAGGCGGAGCUGGCGUGGGGGGGUGGCGCAGGAGGAGGAGGGGGUCUGCACAGCAUCAGUGUCCUCGGGCCGUCAGCACCUGUCAGCACGCACAAGGCCAAGGGCCUGAUCGAGCAGGCACGCCAGUCGGCCCACUACGCGGCAUCGUCCUCGUCGGCCUCGCUGCUGUCACCGUACGGACAGCACGCCGGCGGUGCCGGUCGUUCCUCUCGACUGCCGCCGUCAGGCCUGCAGCAGCAGCUCUACAGCCGACGACAGCAGCAGGAGGAACAGGAGCGACAGCAGCGAUUUCCACCCUGGGACGAACGGCCACAACAGCAGCAACAACAACAGCCACAAUCCCAGCCACAGCCACAGCCACAGCCACAGCCGGCACGCUUCAGCCUGUCGAGUCGGCUCUUGCGCGGCCCAACACUACUGCGACAGAGCAGCGGCAACCAGCACGACCAGCACGACGGCAACAGACAGGGGGGAUAG